AUGGACAACUCAAGCUCAAGUUUGAGUUCCUUUGCCAUUACGAAUCUCACUCUAACUGGAAAAGGUAAUAUCUGCAACACCGUGCCGGUCAGUGACCGCGGUAAAAGGAUUCAGAUGGUCAAGAUGUUGUGCCUGACUGUCCUACCAAUACUGGCACUGUGGAGCUACUGUGUGUACCAGCUAGCAGACCUCAUCGCCACCAAAACGGAUAACGAAAAGAUGAAGGAAUCUCUAGAGUUCAGCAUUGAAGUUGGACGACUGAUACAUCAUCUUCAGAAGGAACGAGAUUUAAGUAUUCUGUAUCUAAGCGCUCUGGGACCAGAAACUAAAACAUUCCUGAUCAAGGAGUACCAAAUCACUGACGAUUCAAUUGAAAGCAUUGCUAGAUGGCCUGGUAACUUGGAUAGGUAUAAUCGAGAGGAAUUCAAGUCCAAGAGCAAGAUGAUGCAACAUAUAGGUCAACAUCGUCAACAGCUGAACCAUCAGUCUUCAAGCAUCAAUAAGGAAAUGCUAUUCUACACUUCCGUUAUUGAUGUCAUCAUAUACUGGGGCUAUUCAUCCAUUGUGGAGUCGAAGUUUGCCGUGGUUUGGAAGUCUCUCGUUGGUUUCCAGAAAAUGACAGCUGCCAAAGAGGACAUGGGACUAGAGAGAGCAUUGGGAACUAUGUUCUUCGCACGCGGUGGGUUUGAAACACACCUUCAGUAUGAGAGGUACAACAUGAAAAUAUUUGGUUUUCAGUCCAAUUACAAAACCGCCCGUUUGUACUCCCCUGACAUCGAUUUUAUCGGAUCAUAUGGCAUCUUUUCAAACGGUAGAAACGUCAGCAUCAUUUUAGAUAACUAUCGCACUUAUAUCCAAAACCACGGAGAGGAAGAACAAGAUCCGACCAAAAUUAGUCUGUCAAGUGCCCGCUGGUUUUAUGACAACACGUCACUUUAUUUGGAUACACUUCUCAACCUUCAAACAACUUUGGGCAACAUUUGUUUGGGAAAAGUCAAAACAAUACUAAACGAUUCUAGCAAAGAUCUUAUCAUAAGCUCUUGUGUCCUAGUCUUUGUUUUAAUCUCGUGUUCAGCAGUAAUCAUAAGCACCGAAAAUUUGACCAGCAACAUUCAAAAGUAUGCCGUUAUUCUUGUGGACAAAACUAAGGAAUUGAAUUUCGAGAAGAAAAGAACUGACUCUCUUUUGUAUCAAAUGGUACCGAAAGAAGUGGCAGACAAACUGAAGAAGAGGGAAGGGAUUGAAGCCGAAUAUUUCAAAUCAGUCACCGUUCUAUUUUCGGAUAUUCACGGAUUUUCCGUCCUCUCCAUCACCUUGCAGCCGCUGGAGAUUGUCCAGCUAUUAAAUGCACUUUAUGGCGCCAUCGACAUUCUACUUAACAACAGAGAUCUUUACAAAGUUGAAACCAUCAACGAUUCGUACAUGGUCGUCUCAGGUCUUCCACAUCGCAACAACAACAGGCAUGCUUAUGAGAUCGCUGAAUUUGCAUUGUCUAUUCAGAGGAUGAUGAAGGAAGAAAUGUUUAUUAACAAUGAAAAGGGAAGCGUCCAACUGCGGAUUGGAAUAAACACAGGCUCUUGCAUGGCGGGCAUUGUGGGUUCCAAAUUGCCGCGCUACUGCCUGUUUGGAGAUACCGUCAACACAGCGUCCAGGAUGAAGUCUCACAGUCAAGCAAACAAGAUACACAUCAGUCAUACCACCUACGUACUUCUCUCAAAAACUGGAUGCUACACAAUGAAGAAACGGGGCACCAUUGAUAUUAAGGGUAAAGGAGAAAUGGUGACAUAUUGGUUGACAGGAUCCUCCUCCAGUAACGAAAGCCUACCCCAGAGUCCCAUGUCUAACAGUAGCGCCAACUACGAUCUCCCUGGGGAGAUAACUCACAAUAAAUACGCCCUUGGUGCUCUGAGUUACCACCCAUUGCCUGGAAGAAAAACAAAGAAAGAAGAGAAAGUUACUGCAAGAGUGCCACCUAGCGGUUUGACGAAAGUUACCGCCAAGAAACAUACUAUUGUUAAACAAAAUACCACGAGAAAAAUACUUGAAGAUGGAACAGAGAGCGAAGAAAAUGGAGACGGAAACGGGGCUUCGCAAAUAGAAGAAGAAAAUGGCGAGAAACUUGGUGUGAACAUUGGCCUCGACUACUAUACAUAUACUGGAACAUCUACAGUGUAGAUAAUUAGAGGAGGAGACAAAAUAAAUAGGGUGACCAUGAAGACGCAGUUUGUUCAAGUGCUACGGGUAUCCGAGCAGUUAAAGUUUUUUUUGUCAUUAAAUUGAUGUCGUCAUUGAGUAAAAUGUGACCUUGACCUGUAAUUAUCCGAUAAUUAAGAAUACGAUAAAGAAUAGAAUAAAGAACCUUUGAUUAAACACAGCUCCUUCUUGUAUUCAAGUGACGGUUCAUUAACGUUUUCAGUUCUAUUUCGGUCCCAAUAUUGUAUGUAGUUACUGUAGUUUUUAUUUUGUCGACUUUAUUUGUUUUUUGUUUUGUGUUUUAAUGGUGAUUGUUCUAUUAAGUGCAGUAAUAAAAAACCUGAAUUUCAUUUAAAAAAAUUAUUUUGAUUAGAGAUCUGAAUGCCGAGACACAGUAUUGGA